AUUUAAUUAUAAAAAAAAAAUUUUAUCGAACGUUGGCUAUAAGAUUUACUACAAGAUUACUUAUUUAUACUUAAAAAAAAAACUUCAUAAAAAUACAAUAACGUCGUUAUAUGUAACCUUUCCAUUGUUACAUAAUACUACACAUUAAAUAUUUCCUUAGAAUUUAUUGAUUAUAUGUAUUGUCCGAGAAAUCUUAAAAAGUCUACGCAUGACAAAUCGUAAAUAUAUACGAUAUUCGCGAGUUCUUCUUCGUGUCACGUAAGCAGGUAGUUUCUGACUAAUCGAUGGAAAGGCAUCGAUCGUUCCUACGGCACAGGUGAAAUCGGCCAACGGUGAAAGGACCGCUCUCAGUCGAGCAGGUUAACUCUUGGUCCGACGACGUUGUUAUUUCUUCUACACGCUUCCGGCUUUCAAAGACUAUCAAAUACUUAUCGUAUACUUAUCUUUCAAUAAUCAGCGCUGUCGUUUUCAAAAUUCUAACAGGAUAGAGGAAACAAGUAAGAAAGGGAGAGAAAAGAGCAAAAGCUAUAAAUAUCUAACUGGUCGAUGUAUAGUACUAUGCGUUCGCUCAUAUGCGGGAAUUAUCAAGGUUAGCGCUAGUUUUCUGGGUCAUGUACAUGACCUUGAACAAGUUGAAUACGUACACCGCAAAGUUGUCCUUUUUGAAAAGAUUCGUUUGUUCAAUGAAAACAAAACAUUUUCGUUGGUAUGACUAAGCAAUUCUAAAUGUUCACAAAGAAAAUAUAUUAAAAUCGAUAAAAUGGCGGCGUCGACAGAACGUUCGAAGGAUCCCUACGAAAUGGGAUUUCUUUUAGCACCAAGAGUUCCUCAGGGUUUGGCAGCCGUAGUGGAAAGUUUAACAAGAGAGGUCUUACGACAACGUCCCGAAGACAUUUAUGUUUUUGCCGCUCGUCAUUUCGAGAAAUUGCUUACGCUUCGAGAACAAUACGAUGUCGUUGGUAAGAAAACAAGUGGGGAAUAUAAUUUUUCUAAUACAAUCAAAAGACGUAGCGAUUGCAAGGAGUCUAGAAAAAACAAACGAACAACGAAGGACAUCGGUACGACCAGUGGUUGGUCUUUGAAUGAAACGGCAAGAGUUCUUGAAAGGCAUCGAAAUAUUUUUGGAGAUGGAGAGAAGAGGAUAAGCACCGAGGAGGUGCGAGCACUUGCGAACGAGAAAAAUGGACGAUCGUCUUCUGGCACGAAAAAUAAACGAGAGAAAAAAAGAUCUUCCGACACUAGUCAAGAAUAUUCGAGAGAUCAUCCGAAAGCAACUACAGAUAAUAAUGAUUCUUUGAGACUCGAUCGUAGCGCGAAGACGCUUAAGAUCAUUUCUCAAAUACCAACGGUUUUAACUCGUAACUCUGGUACAAAAAAUAUCAAGAUGGAACUUAGAAAAAAUAGAUUAAGUGGUAGUUUAAGGGAAAAAAGUACGGAUUCUUCGAACGAAAGCCAAUUUCCAGAGCAAAUUAGCGAUAUUUCGAGAAAAUCUACGGGGAAAGCUGAACGUGCCGAAUUAGUACAGAAUUUUGAAGAGAAACAAAUAAACAAGAGGACGAUUCGUCGUAGUGAAAGCGUCGAAAGAAAUUCGAGCCGAUCAAGCCGGUCACGGAGAAAGAAAGAUAAUUUUUCCGAACUUAUUCCGGAUAGAAAAGAAUUAUCUAAAGCUCAUAGUAUGGAUCAGGUGAAAGAAUAUGUUGUCCGUACGUUCGGCUCUGUUAAAAAUAUCAAUGAACUUGAUAUGAGUUAUGUAGAACAAGUCCAAGACGUGAUUGAUAGAAACAUACCGAUAAUUAAAGAAAAGAUUGAAGAACUCAAGAGCGAUGUUUUAUCAAAGAAAUCAAAAAGAUCGACUUUUAAUACGGAAAAAUCAAAAAAACGUGGAAGUAGACCUAACACUUCAGAAAAUGAUACUCGUUCGAAUGAAGACCAAGAAAGACACCGUAAUAAGAGAAGUUCCAGUGUUGAUUCGACAGAUUUUAGAAGACAAGACGAUACCUUGGAAGGCAGACUGAUCAAUACUCAAAACAUUUUAGAGGGCAUUUCGUCGAAAUGUUAUUCAAAAUCUCAAAAUGUAAAUUACCGGUCUAAAUCAACUAACGGUCAUACAAACGAAGAAGACAACAGGUAUUCGACGUUAGAAGGAAGUUCAAAGAUUACCUUGCCAGCUGUGAGACCGGCGUCUUCCAAAAGUUCAAGGAGUCUUUCGCGCAACGAAUCAGAUAAUUUGAUUUUGCCACCGAUUUCACCGGACACCGGUAAGAUUCCAAAGAAGAAGGACGACAUGACAUUACCAACGUUGUCACCUAUGACAACCGAAACCUCAGUUUCUUCUUCGUCUCUUCGAUUAGAAGAGAAAGAGAAUAAUUCGGUGGAUAACAAAACUGGCGAUCUUGGAGAUGAAAUAUUACAAUUAUCAACGUCGAUCAAGGAAGAUAUCACGUCGACAAGAAAAAUGUUAGAGAAUGUCAACGACGCACUAAAAGCACCGAUGACGUCCGACGAUAAAGAUAAAAUGGAUCAAGAAACGUCUUCCAUGAGAGAUACAACAAAUGACGAAGUGGAAGAUUCCGUCCAGGAGACGAUCGAGAAGUUUGACGGAAUUCUUGAUGAAAAAAUAUUAGAAGAAAACAUACAAGUUGAAGAAAUUUUCAAAGACAGUUUAAACGUUACACCAGAUAGUAUCGAUAUUCCUCCGACCCCAGAUUCUUUAGAGCCACCGAUCGAAGAUGAACAAUCAGCUACGCUCAAUUCUCAUCUUUCGACGGUUGAAGAAGGAAUGGAACUUAAACAAAAAUUGAUUGAGAUUCAAGAGAUAGAACGUAACGUCGAAAAAGUGAUAGAUUCUUUCGAGGAUUCCAUUAAAAAGGAUGAAGUUAAGAGCCCAAAACUAAUGAUCGUCGAUAAAGAUUCAAAAGAUUCAAUUGUUGUAGAAGCUAAAGAACCUCUAGAAGAAAGAGUUAAAGAAAUAAUAAAAGAAGAAACGACUGAUUUAAGUAGUUCGAGAAAAGGAUCUCCAACAAAUACGCCAAAAUCGAACGAUGACAUGGAUGAAAAUCCUAUCGAUCAGAUAAAAUAUAAAUCCGAAAAUGAAUCGGAUAAUAUAAAUAUUCCACAACUUGUUAUGGCGAAUGAUGAUGGAUCAACAGGACAAAUCGAAAGUGGUAAAUCAGAAGUAACUGAAUCUGGUGACGAAGUGGAAGAUAUUAAAGAAAUUACUGCAAACGUUGGUGAUGAAGGUAUUACUAAUGAAUAUAAAAAUUCCCCAUUAUCGUCGAACGGAAAAGAAAUAAACGAUUUGCUUCGUCUUUCAUUAUCUUCUUCGCCAAAAGAGAUUCCAUUUUCAUAUAUCCUCACGGAAGGUUCUCCAGUUGAAAUUCCAGAUUUUGUGACAACAGUAAUUAUUCCAGAAAGAUCACCUUCCACGCCGGAAUUUGAUCUCGAUAACAAAGAAGAAGACGUUGAACUACAGGAUGAAAGACGUAAACGUGCCGUGGAAAGUUUCGGUGAAUAUAUACAACCGGAACAAACAGAAUGUUCUACCGUUGAUAUAGAUUUCAUUCGUGGUAUAAAGGCUGGUCAUGACAUUGCCAUAGUUCGACAAGAUCUCGAUGGUAUCAAAGAGGAAGAGGAAUACGAUGAAGAGAAACUAGUGAAAUUAAUGGAUGAAGAAGACAAAAAUGAGAAAGAAAUGAAAAAGGAUCAUUCACCUUUAUUGGAACAUAUUUCAGAGAAUGAAGAAAACGAGGAGACUGGUGAGAAUGAUAAAAAGGAGACAAAAAUCAUUCCUAUUGUUGAAACAGAAAUAGAAUUAGAGAAUCAGACCAACGAUAGAGAGGAAAUUAUAGAAAAUGUAAACGUAAUUGAAAAUUCAUUAGAAUGUGAAGAAAGCACGGAAACUGCCGAUGGCACUUCGGAAUCAACAAAUGAAGUUAAAGAGACUACAAUAACCGAUCGCUCAACCGAUAGUUUAUCUUUAGAUCCCGCAAGGCCAAUAGUACCGGAAUUAAAUUUGGAUUCUUUACGUGAUAUUACAAUAUCAUCUUUUAAAAUGAACGAUGCUGACGAAACUAUAUCGUUGAUGGAGCUAACUUUAUCGGAAAAAGAAAAAGCUGACAUUGAACAGGAUGUUGAGACAAAGGAAGAAGAAAAUUCUGAUAGUGGUCACAAAGAAGAUACUUCGGCAAUGGAAACGAUUUCAAUGGAUGAAAAACCUAUGGAAAUGGAAACAUCUUUAAUUAAUUUAGAAAGUGAGGGAAUAAACAAGGAAGAACAUUCGAUUUCACCUGAAGAAAUUAUUAGAAACAAAGAGGAAGUGUUGAUUACUUCUAGCGAAAGAAAAAUUCAGCCUCUCUUAUCCGAGAACAUUGAACAAUGUGAUACUAUUAAAAGCGACUCUUCGCCUCUCGGGUAUUUAGAACUAGAAGAAAAUGCGACUGAUCUAGACACCGAGGAAGAAAUAGCAAAAGAAUUGAUAGAAAUCGAUCGUGCCGAAAAUCUUAUUCUUUUUAAAGAGACUCCAACUAUUUCGGAAGAUAAUCUUGAGAAAUCUCACGAAAUCUUGGAUUCGAAUGGUACGAUCAAAGAUCAAGAGGUUUCAACGAUCGUUGAAGAAGAAGAUCUAAAGAUCAAGGAUGAGAAACAAUGUAAAGAUGCUAUCUCUCCUAAAAGCGAAAGUUUUACUACUUCGACAGAAAAUUUAAAAAAGAUCACAAAUACUAAAGAUGAGAAAGAAAAUAUUUCUGAAAGGAUGGAAUCGAAAAAGUCAAGCGAUAACGAGGAGAAAGAUCAGUCGAAUAAAAGUCAAAAUGAUAAUGUGAGAUCCGAUACUUCUGAGACAGCUUUUGAAGAAUUCGAUACAAAUGAGCUCGAUACAAAAUUGGCUGAAAAAAAAGAAUAUCACCUUUACGUAACGAAUCUUAUGGCAACUAAAAGUCAAGAGGAUACUUCGGAAAGUAGCAGUACACUUCACUCGGCUGUUACGAAAAUUCAAGCCGGUGUUCGUGGUUUCUUAACGCGAAAGAGACUUCAAGAAAAUAAUCGUCUUGAUUCUACUUUAGAUAAUGUACCAUCUAUCCAAGAAAGUGUUACAGAAGAUCCACAAAUCACUGAUUUUAAAUCUGUAUCAGAAACAAUGGUUGACUCACCAGUUAAAUCGACAAAUGCAUUAUCAUCAACGACUACAUCAGAGAACGAAAUGAUCGUGGAGGAGCAAGGAGAGAUACCAAUGACGAAGACAAUUUCAAUGCCAAUAAAACAACGGCAAUGUCUUCGCCGUGAAGAUGCUAUGCAAACAAAUACUUUAUCAAUGGAAAAUGCUUUUGCAUCGGGUAGAGUUCAACAUACUGGUGAAUUUCAUGACUGUUUACCAUUACCUGUUCUAGAAUCUGCUGAAAUAACAAAAUCUACGAGUCUUUCUCAAAAUGAAAAUAAAGACGAAGAUGCGAAGGAAAAAUUAAUCGAUCAGCAAAUAAAAUCUACGAGAGAAGAGAUUACCAUCGAGUCACCGACUGAUUUAACGUCGGAAUCGAACGAACAUGAUAAUUAUGAAAAUAUUGAAAAUAUAGAUAGAACUCCAACAGAUUUUGUAAAGGAUUUAAGCAAUCUAUUUGGCGGAUUGCAUCCAAAAGACUUGACCAAACUUUUAGUAGGUCAAGUCAAUACACCAAUCAUGUUAGGACUCGUAGAUAUUGUUCCAAAUUCAGUAGUAGGUACAAACUCGAAUGUAAUAUUCGAAGCGAAUAUGAAUAUAAAUGCUAACGACGAUCGAACACGGUCUGUCAAGGAUGACUCGACUUCACAAAAUCGGUACUUGAAUUUCAUAACCAGUGUUGAAGAUAGCGAAUCAAGUCACGUUAAGGACACCGUGCAAGAAUACGAUGAUCAUUCGAAUGAUCAUAGUAUACAAAGCCUACGAGAACCUCUGGCCCUUCCUGGAACACCGGAAGGUGUUUUAAUAGAGGAACUUAGUAGUCUAGACAGUACGACUAUAUCAAAACUUCAAGACACUUCUUUCAAUUCUACCAGCUUGGAAUCUGCUACGAUGGAUCGUGAAUCUAUUGAAAAAUCAAUAAUAGAUUCAGAGAUUUCAUUGAAAUUAUUAGACAAAUCCGAUAAUGUGAAAUCUGAAGGAACUAGAACCCAAGAUAAUGUCCCGAUUACAGAAGAAAGCGUUACUCUUACAUCUACAAAACUAUCAACGAUAAGAAGUGAAAGUGACGAGCACACAGAAUUAUCGAAGAGUCCAAAAGAAGAGAACGUUGAAAAUAAAGACGAGAUGGUAAACGAUAAUGGCGAACAAUUAUUUAACAAUGAAAAAAUUGAUGAGGCAAAUGGGAAAACCAUCGAACAGUCAAGGAUUACGAAUCUUUCUUCAGAGAUCGUAGAAGUUGAUAAUGAUGAAAAUAAUGCAUCAUGUUCGGAUGAUAAAGAUGAAAAUAAUGUAGCAAGUUCGGAUGAUAAUAACGAAAAUAUAGCAACAAGUUCGGAUGAUAAUGAUGAAAAUAAAGAAGCAAGUUCGGAUGAUAAAGAUGAAAAUAAAACAGCAAGUUUAGAUAAUAAAGAUGAAAAUAAAGCAACAAGUUCGGAUGAUAAAGAUGAAAAUAAUGUAGCAAGUUCGGAUGAUAAUGACGAAAAUAAAGCAGUAACAAGUUCAGAUGAUAAUGAUGAAAAUAAAGCACCAAGUUCGGAUGAUAAUGAUGAAAAUAAAGCAGCAAGUUCGGAUGAUAAAGAUGAAAUGAAAGCAGCAAGUUCGGAUAAUAAUGAAAAUAAAGCAGCAAGUUCGGAUGAUAAAGAUGAAAAGAAACCAGUAAGUUCGGAUGAUAAUGAUAAAAAUAAAGCAGCAAGUUCGGCUGAUAAUGAUGGAAAUAAAGAAACAAUAAAUUUGAGUAGAGCACACGUGCAAACGGCCUGCUCUAAAAUUACAAAUUGGAUAUAUCAAGUCUGUGGGGCUAUGCACGACAAUACAACUAAUCGAAAGCAACCUCCUUUAGUAUUAGUGAACUUUCUUAUUUAG